AUGUUGCACACCCAACACCUCCUCCCCCUCCUCCUCCCCAAUCCCACUUUCUCUCUCUCUCCUCCCCAAUUCCACUUUCUCUCUCCUCCCAAUCUCUCAUCCCCACCUCUCAAUUCUCUCUACAAAUCCAUCAACCACAUCUCCCUCUCAGCCAACUCCACUCCCACACCCGACCAAUGGCUCGCCCAAGCUCCAGAACCUCCUGCCGGCACCGGAACCUAUACCAUUCCCGACGAAGAGGACCCCAUUGAGAUUUUGGACUCUGACUCUCCCAUAUUUGCUACUGAUGAUGACCCUUCUUUUAUCCAAACUGCUACCAGUGUUCUUCUCACUGGAGCUAUCACUGUCUUUCUGUUUAGGUCGCUACGACGUCGUGCCAAGCGUGCAAAGGAGCUGAAAUUUAGGUCUAGUGGAGCGAAGAAGUCGUUGAAGGAGGAGGCUUUGGAAAGCUUGAAAGUGAUGUCUUCAGGGUCCAUUGAAUCAAAGACACCUUCACCUGUUCAGGCACUGUUGGGAGGAAUAUCUGCUGGAGUCAUUGCACUUAUUCUGUACAAGUUCACUACUACAAUUGAGGCAUCUCUCAACCGCCAAACAAUUUCAGAUAAUUUUUCAGUUCGUCAGAUUACAAUCACAAUAAGGACCAUUAUCAAUGGGUUAUGCUACCUUGCAACAUUUGUUUUUAGCAUCAACGCUGUCGGUUUAGUUCUUUAUGCUGGCCAGAUUUUCAUUAACGAUGAGUUUAAAAGUGGAGAAACUGAGAAUCAGAGUAAAAACCAGUCAGGCUCACUGACUUCAGUGGUUGAGAGUCCUACAGAUACUGCUCUGGACAGUAGCAAAGGGGAAGAAAGUUCUGAUGAGCCACAAUAGAAGUGAAGAACCAUUAUUGAGGAAAUUUUCAUCAAUUUAACUGUGAAAAUAUGUUUUGAAUGGAAAGCAUGUGCUUGAUGCUGCAUUCUUAUUCAUCAAAUCCUCUAUCCAAACAUUAUAAUGUGAUUAUAGAAGGGGCAAUGGUUGGUAGAAGCAGUUGUAAUUUUUCUGUAUCUUGGUCAUUCAUCUGGUGAUAGAGUAUCAAGACAUGAGGAUCCAGGAGUUUGAGGCUAUUGUGAAAUUUGAUACUGCCUUCCAUCCAUGUCAAUCUUAAUUUAGGAUACACAAUUCAACAAACCAUGUUUAGUCCAUCUAUCAGCUUUCCCUAAUAGCAGACAAUUUCAUGCUUAACAGACUGUUACAUUGGCCACCAUCCAAGGACAGAUUUAUGCAGAAAAUGGUAAUGGCUUCUGACCUUCACCUCAAAAAAUGCAGAGGAUGGCUUCUGCCUUAG